AUGUUUGACCACGUCGCGCUCUCCGUCCCGCAGGACAAGUACCCCGCCGUCGUUGCCUUUUACAUGGCAGCUCUCGCGCCGCUCGGCUACGAGAAGCUCAUCUCCAUGUUUGAUGACAAGCUCGUCGCUCUGGGGGACAAGAACAGCCCCAUGGCCAAUAAGGCGGAUUUCUGGCUCUCGGGCAUGGCCGAGUCUGUGGUGGAAAAGAACUAUGCGCAUUAUGCCUUCGCGGCAGAUGAUCGCAGCAAAGUCGAUGUGUUUUACACCAAGGCUUUGGAAGCCGGCGGCAAGGACAACGGAGCGCCGGGCCCUCGCCCACAGUUUGGUCCUCACUACUAUGCCGCGUUUCUGAUUGACCCGAUGGGCAAUAAUGUCGAGGUUGUGUGCCGGAAGGAGGAAUGA